CCUGGCAUCUUUGCUAUUAAUGUAAACAAAGUUGUAGAGAGUCUGUGUCCAAAACAGUUUUUUUUUUGUGAUGAAUAAAAUAAACCUUGAUAAUACUUUGGUCAACAACGACCGAACUCUAGUACCCAUCGAAAGUGAACAUAGUUUACGGCAGGGCGAAUGUUUUGACUCGUACGAACAGUUCGUCGACCGUCUAGAACGGCACAGCGCGAACGAUCUGGUUUACUACUGGCGACGGGACUCCCGCACUAUUGGGGGAGCUGCCCUCAAAACGGCGCGGCCAAUUGCAACAGCUCUACGGUAUUAUUCUGUUCGCUACUCGUGUAUUUUUGGGGGACAACGUUUUACGACCAAAUCAACCGGAAUUAAAAAAGUACGAUCAUCGCUUCGAAGCGACUGCCCUGCAUACAUUGCCCUACGUGCGUCUAAGUGUGGACAACAAUUGGUUGUGAAGGCCACAUCCAACGUGCACAAUCACGAAAUCACCAGAGAAGUAACAAAGAAUCUUUCCCACAACAAAAAACUUUCGGCAGAAAUGAAGCAGAAAGUGUUGGUACUUCUUUUUCAUAAUGUAGAUAAAAAAUUGAUCCGGGAAUAUGUACGUGUGAAAGAAGGAAAAGAGCUUACUAUAAAAGACCUUUUCAACCUAGCAGCUACGAUGCGGAAAAAGGCAUCGUUUGAACAGUCAUUUGAUGUUGGAAUGAAUUUAGAACUGUCCGCCGAGUUAAAGGAAUAUGUAAACAAGAAUAGUUCUAACUACUUGAAGAGUUUAACAAUGGAGCAAAGCACUAAACAAGAAGAAAUAAACUGUUCCCUACAAUCUGAUGAGGCAGUUGAAAAUAUAGAGAUGUUAGAGGAGCGAUUGCUGGAUUACUCGGACGAUGAUACUAAUGUCAAUGUGAAUCAUAUGAAAGAUGAUGGAUUCAUGUCAAUUUCUAAUCAGUAUAAUACCAUUCAUAAAUACGAUAUGGAAACACUGGAAGAUACAUCAGAUGAACCAGUAAAACCGGAAAAGACUAUUAAAAGAAAGCGAACAAGAUGGAAGUCUGCAGCCUGUUUUUCCUGUGGUUCCAACAUUCAACUAGUUCGAGCCCAAUUAGAUAUAUUGCGAGCCCGAAAAAAUAAACUUCAAGAAGAAACUCAACUGCUACGCCUUAAGAAACAAAAACUUCAACUAGAACUACGUGCUAUUAAACGAAAAGUACAGGAUCUCAAAAAAUGAUACAAAUAUUUUACGUAUGAACUAUUAUUUUACUAAUAUAAUUUUUUCUGGCGGA